AUGCCACCCCUCCCCGGUUCGACUCUCGACAACCAAACCCACCCCAUCCCCGCUCUCCCGGGGCACCACCUCUUCCAUCGUCCCACCAACACCUUCGCCGACCACCUCCUCCUCACCCGCGCAUUCCUCACCGGCACACUCACCUCCUCCGCCACGCAAUUAACCCCGCUCGCAUCCGAAUCCACCCGCAUCCUCCCUCACCUGCUCGCGAUGAACAGCGGCGGGUACAUGUCGGUUAGUAGCCAGCCUGGGAUGUGGGAGGACGGGAGGCGGCAGAAGGCGUAUGUGGAGGGGUUUAUUGAGCGGGGGUGGUGGGAGAGGUUUGGAGGGCGGGAGGGCAUGGGGAGGGUGGGGAGGGUGGGGUACUAUUCCGUGAGGGAGGUGCAGGGCGGGGACGGGAUGAUAGUGACGAAUGUCGGGGAGGAGGGGGAUGCAACAGCAAGGGAUGGGCAUACGCAUCCCGAUCCUUCGGGGUCGUACAUCGUAACGCAACGGCUCACGGACCCCGAGGGCGAUUGGAUGGACUGCACCCGUGUCUACUUCCACGACGACCUGCAGGAGACGAUGACGCUGAUGCGGCCGCGGUACCACGACCCGGGGCGGUUGCUGCAGUGCGUGUUUGCGGCGAGGGAGGGCGGGAGUAAUGAGCUGUUUGAGGUGCUGGUGGAGGUUUUCAAGGCGCCCUACCCGAUCAUUGUCCAGCAGGCUUCAGGAUCCGAGCAUGGUGCAUAG